AUGACGACUGCAUUUCCACUUCUCCGUCUUCCGUACCUCGUGCUUAUGCCUGUCUUGGAACAAAUGGAAGUUACGGAAAGAGUCUCAUUGUCCAUUCUCUCCAAACGAGUCAGAAUCUACGUGAAACUUCUCAAAAUGACAUUGGACUAUGUACUUUCAAUUAUGGACGUCAUGCAUUGCAAAUCGAUCAAUCAGUUCAUCAUCGCUGAAAUUUCUGAACACGAUAGUCUCGAACUCGUCGCAAAACUUCCAAAAAUUGAUGAAGUCGUUGUCGAACACAUUUGGUAUACUAAAUUUCUCUCUUAUGAAGCGGAAUAUCAAAAAGAAAGAAGACUUAUCAGAGUUCUUAAAACUGUUUUACCAGUAUCUUCUGCAGUUAAAAUUUUUUAUCCUUUCCAAAACCUCCAAAACUUCAAUUACCUCCGAGAAAUUCUCAAAGGGAAUUUUGACGACGUGACUUUGAAAAACUACUGGGGUAGAACCAUGCCAAAUUGCGACAUGAAGUUUUCUCUUAAUGAUUUGAGAAUGACAAACGUUAAGUCACUCGAGUUUCUUGGUCCAGCUUUUGAAGUAGAAGACCUAAACGGCUAUUUCAAGUUGUGGAUGAAGAAGAAGUGUAAUCCUCGACUGGAAUACUUGGAAGUAUGGAUGAACAGCGAUACCAGCAUGGAUCUCCUCCUGAAAGGACUUAGCGCUGUUCCAGUUCCCAUUGAAACCAAGAGAAAAUUCCGGGUUUUGGGGAAUGUAAAACAGCUUUUUUAUGAGGAGACUACCGCCGAAUUCGAUAUAACAAGAGCAGACGGAAGACAAGCAACAAUCAGAAUUGGAACUUGGGGAACUGUUUGUUUCUACGUUUGGCCAGAAUCUACUAAUCUUGAGCCAAAUCAGGAGGUUAGUUCCGAACGGUCACUGACGUCGCAGUCGCACGGAGCGGUCUAUCCUCCUAUAGUGCUCCUAUUGAUUCCUCAUCAACCUCUCACCAUCAUUCAUUUGCACCCGGACACUCCAGCCGCGUCGCGGUCGUGCGUUGCGCUCUCCCAACCGACACCGCCAAACAUUGAUUCUUUAUCUCAUUUGCACCCUCUCUCCCCUACCGAAAUGACGACUCCGUUCCCUCUUUUACGUCUUCCAAGACUUGCAUUGAUCCCUAUUUUUAAAGAAAUGGAACCCAUCGAUGUAAUCGCAUUCUCCCUUCUUUCCAAAAGAACUUACAAUCUCUCAAAAAGCCUCUGCAAAAAAAUAUCUUCCCGCUACAUCGAUCUGGAAAUGGAUAAUUGCUGUGUUUGUAUGAGUAUUGAUCUGACAGAUGGGUCACACCUAGCACUGUAUUUCUACCCGGAAAUCUUAAAUACAGUUGAAGUGUUUUAUCGGGACAAAAGUAUUCAAUGGAAAAACGUCGGAUUAUCAACAGGGCAAUGGAUUCAGCGAGUGUUCGAUGUAACAAAAUGUCGAUCUCUGAGAGGAGUGAAACUCAAUGGGACACCAAACUGCGAUGUGUUCUCCUUUCUUAAUGUAGUCUCUUACCUCGAAAUCACCAACAACUGUACAAAAACUUCUGCUAUAAAAGCACUGCAAGUUCUCUCGCCAGUCACUUCAUGGAUUACUUUGUUUAAACUUCCCUUUUCCAAUAGAGAGGAAUUCCAGAGAUUUUGGCUGGGGGAUGUGAAAUGUUUGAGAAUCCACGAAGAUGAUUUAUCAAGUUUUCAAUUUAAGAUUGAUGAUCUUCUAGCAUCGAACGCAGUCAAACUGGAAUUGCUCGGAGUCAAAAUGAGUCUGAGAGAUCUAAACAGAUUCUUCUCAUGUUGGUUGGACAAUACAUCUAAUCAUCGGUUGAAGCAUUUAUCAGUAAAAUCACUUGAGGAUAUCAAUGAAGACGUUCUUCUGUAUGGACUAGAUGCUAUUCGGUUCACCGAAGAACGGACUAGGGAAUUUCAAUCAACCAACAUGUUCCCUAAAUUCAGAGAAUUCACUGAAGGUUUUGAUGUGAGCAGAAUUGAUGGAAAAUUGGCAGCUAUUACAUUUGGAAAUGGUUUUGAGGAAAUAUUCAUAAAUUUCGCUGUUCGGUCAUGA